AUGAGUGCUGGACAUCGUGCUGGACCAUUGAAACAAUCAAAUAAGAAGCAUAAAAGUGGUCGGCACCGUACCAAAGGUGCAAUAAAUGCGCUUAUUGGAGGUAAAGUAGGUUGCAAAGCAGUAACAGGAAAACAACGCUUUUUGGUUGGCAAAAAAGCUCGACGUCUUCAAGCUCAACAGAUACGUGAAAAUAAACGUGCUGCUUUAUUAUCUGACAAUUACGCUGUUUCUAACAGUUACCUACAACAACCUCCAAUAUUCGUUACAGUUUUAUCAUUUGAUCGGAAUUAUUUGGCCGAUGAACUUAUAGCGUUGUUAUGUUCGUGUGACGAAACUUCUUACCGAAAUACGAGUUAUAAUGGUUGUUUAAAUCAUCUCUGCAUUAAGCGGCUCAAAAGUCGUUAUGUGUUUACCGCACCGGGUUGUUCAAAUACUGAUGUUGCACUUGAUUAUGUGAAAGUAUCCGAUAUUAUUGCCUUCAUUUGGCCAGCUAACGGCGAAAUUACGGCGGAAGAUGAUAUUUUAAUGAGUACCCUAUUGGCACAUGGCUUGCCGGUUACAGUACACUUUGUACCGGGGCUCGGUAUAGCUGAAACUACGAAACAAAAAGAAAUUAUACGUAAAAAUGUUGCAAAACUGAUUACAAAUUGGAGUUUUGGAGAUGAGAAGCUGAUGCACUGUGAUAGGGAAAGUGAUGCUUUACUUGCCUUACGCUUGAUCAGUACAAUGAAGAAGAAACCAUCACAUAUGCAAAGGAUGCGACCACAUUUAAUUGCUGAAAUUUUUGAAAAAACUGAAGCUGAGGGGCCGUCACUGAAUGUUAACAGUCUUGUUCAUGUUUCAUGGUUGGGUGAUUUCCAAAUGAAGCAAAUUAUCGUGGAAGAUGAUCCGUUUGCGCCAGAUAAGAAGGUUCGGAUUGGCAUCAAAGCUUCAGGAACUACAUUCAAGCCUGAUUUGAAUCUGCAAACGUCAUUGCAGUCCGAAAUGGUUGCAGAUCCUAUGGAUGCAGAACAGACAUGGCCAACCGAGCAAGAAAUUAUGAAGGAUGCAUUUAAAACAAAGAAAAUAGUGAGAAAUGUACCUGUUGGCACGUCGGCAUAUCAAGCUGAGUGGAUUAUUAAUGAUGAAGAUUCGAUAUCUGAUGAAGAGAUUGAGGAAGAACUGGAAAAUAGUAGUGUGUUGAAAGAAGCAGUAAACAAAGAGGAAUCGGAUGUCGAAAAUGAAAUGGAAAUAGAAAAGAUGAGCGUCAUAAGUGAUACUGAAAGUUCCAUGGAUAUUAAAGACGAAGAAAUCAACAUGGCAGAAGUGGAGAAAUAUCGGAAAGCCCGUGAAAAUGAGCAAUUUCCGGACGAAAUUGACACACCGAUGGAUGUAGCAGCUAGAAUUCGUUUCCAGAGAUACCGUGCUUUGAAAAGUUUUAGAACAUCGCCUUGGGAUCCACUUGAAAAUCUUCCAAAAACAUAUUCUCGUAUUUUCAAAUUUUCGGAUUAUCGGCACUCCAGAAAAGUCGCGUUGUCGAAUACUGCAUUUGAAACUGAAUAUAAUCCACCACGAGGCGCAUUCAUAUCUGUUUAUAUUUCCAAAGUACCCACCAAUUUAAUAGAUAUUUGGCCGCAUAGUAAGCCAUUAAUAAUUUAUGGAUUACUAGCACAUGAACAGAGGAUGUCACUUCUUAAUAUGGUGCUUAAAAGGCACCCAUCUUGUACUGUGCCGAUACCGAAUAAGCAAAGAUUAAUAUUUCAUGUAGGUUAUCGGCAUUUUGAAGCGGAGCCAAUCUUUUCACAACAUUCAAAUGAUGACAAGUUCAAGAUGGAGCGGUUCAUGCCGAACGAUGGCGGAUUUGUUGCAUCAGUAUUUGCACCAAUAAUGUUUCCGCCUACUUCUGUAUUAGUCUAUCGAUUAGAUAAUCGAGGAAAUGAACAACUUGUUGCAACAGGUGGUGUGCUAAAUAUCAGUCCAGAUCGAAUCGUUCUCAAACGUGUCGUUCUUUCGGGACAUCCAUUUAAAAUCAAUCGAAGGAGUGUCGUCGUACGCUAUAUGUUUUUCAACCGUGAAGAUAUUGAAUGGUUUAAACCUGUGGAAUUGCGCACUCCACGUGGUCGAAGAGGACACAUUAAGGAAGCGUUGGGAACACAUGGACAUAUGAAAUGUGUAUUCGAUCAACAGCUCAAUUCGAUGGAUACAGUGAUGAUGAACCUUUAUAAACGAGUUUUUCCAAAAUGGACAUAUAGUCCCAUCACAUUGCAUCCUUUAUCUGAGCCACGUAAUGAAUCUGAAUUGAUGGAAAUGUAA